AUUGCAGGGCUCUGCAGGCAUCAGACACGUACCGCAGGAGACAUGGCUACCCCAUCUAGCAGUCUGCCUAGUGGAUGUGGGGUAUUCACAACAGUGCCUGAUGUCUUCUUUCUUCCAGAAUUUGUGUUUGGGGGUCUGGUAUGGAUCCUGGUGGCCUCUACCAAAGUGUAUCUGGAAAAUCCUCAAGGAUGGGUGAUGUUUGUGUCCGUCUUCUGCUUUGUCGUCACAACUCUCUGGUUCUUCCUCUUCAUCAGCGGGGUUAAUCAGAGGAGCACUGUGUGGUCAACACUGGAUGUGGCCUAUCAUGCCCUUGCUGCAUUCUUUUACCUGAGUGCCUCUGUUGCGCUAGCCAAUGUUACCAUCAGGCUGCAAAAUGACUCUUUAAACUUCAAAUCCUACCAGGAGGACAUUGCUGCAGUGGUAAUGUCCUACAUCGCUACACUGUUUUAUGUUCUUCACGCCGUGUUCUCAGCCAUAAGAUGGAAAUCCUCUUAAGGCCUUGGACAUCUGCUCUUCUGCACUGCUGUAGAAGAUAACUGUUUCUGCGGCUGGAGUACUCUGGAAAAAUACUUGAACAUCUUGUACAUUUAAUGCCCCCUGCCCCUGCUUUCCCUAGCUUUAUACAGUAUCUUCUUUAUGUUUCUACGUUCAAGUAAUAUGAAAUAUUCCCAGCAGGAAUUUUGUAAUAUUAUAUAUCUAUAUUGGAGAGUUUAUCUUUACCACCAUUUUAAGCUACUGUGCUGUAUAUAUGUGAGUAUUUUCCAAAAAAACUAAUUUUACUUUUGAUGUUAUCAGUUGUGUCACAAUUGUUCAAUCUUUUUACUGUGCAUAUAAUAAAUUAGGUUGCAGUAUUAUUAAACUGGAUUCCUCCAGUCUUCUUGAG